AUAAAGAACGUCACAAACAUAUCCAUUACAUUUACUUUUCGAUGUUAAAUUAAAUAUGUCAAAAAUAUAUAAAGUGAUCUUUAGUUGCCUGUGUAUGUGGAUCGGAGCUGACACUGCUGACACAAUUAAAUGUUUCUGAUUAAAUGUUAUCGCAAAACUUAAGUAGCAGAUAUCAUUUUAUAAGGAACGUCACAAACAUCUACAUUUUAAUACUUUGUCAAUAUUUAAAUAAAAAUGUCGAAAAUAUUUAAAGUGAUCAUAAGUUGCUUGUGUAUGUGCAUCGGAGCUGAAACUGCAAAAAUAUUAGGAGUUUUUCCAACGCCUUCUAUAAGUCAUCAAGUUGUGUUUCGUCCAUUGAUGUUAGAAUUAGCUAAACGUGGACAUGAAAUCACAGUUAUAACAACAGAUCCAGCUUUUCCAAAACAUCAAGCCCUUCAAAACCUAACCGAAAUCGAUGUGCACGACAUUUCCUAUGAACUCGUCAAGGAAAUAUUACCAAAAAUUAGAAGCGUGGAAGACCCGCUAAAAUUUUUCCGAAUAGUCUGUGAUUUCACUUUAGAUGUGUUUGUGAAACAAUUAAAAUCUGCUGAAGUUCAAAAUCUUCUUGAUAGUAACAGUCAAUUCGACUUAGUAUUCGUCGAAUCUUUUAUACGACCAGCUCUUAUUUUUUCAUAUAUAUUUAAUGCGCCAGUGAUCGAAUUCAGCUCCUUAAGUGGAAUUAAUUCGGCUUUUGAAAUGGUCGGAGCAGCCACACAUCCUCUUAUAUAUCCAAAUGCAAUGCAUAGAAAAAUUUAUAACUUAACAUUUUUGGAUAAGAUUACAGAAUUAUAUUAUCAUUAUUCAACAGAGCUGAUUUUUAUGCAACAUUUACAAAUUGAAAAUGAAAGGUUAAAAUCGAUUCUUGGUUUAAACAUACCAGAUUUAAAUGAUUUGAGGCAAAACGUUCGGAUGCUGUUCUUAAAUAUACAUCCUGUUUGGGACUUUAAUCGGCCUGUUCCUCCAAAUGUACUAUACUUAAGAGCCAUGCAUCUAAAACCCCAACAAAAUUUACCAAAGGACUUAAAAUCAUAUUUGGAUUCCUCGAAAAAUGGAGUUAUAUAUGUCAGUUUUGGUACAAAUGUUAAGCCAUCCACGUUUCCACCAGAAACGUUAGAGAUAUUUACUGACGUAUUUUCUCAACUCACUUACAAUGUUUUGUGGAAAUGGGACAACGAUGAGCUUCCAGGGCGUCCAAAGAAUGUUAAAGUUUCUAAAUGGCUCCCACAGUCUGAUUUAUUAAGGCAUCCGAAAGUCAAGUUGUUUAUAACGCAAGGGGGGUUACAGUCCACAGAUGAAGCUAUAACUGCUGGUGUGCCUGUUAUUGGUAUACCAAUGCUUGGAGAUCAAUGGUUUAAUGUUGAGCAAUAUGUUAAAUUUAAUAUUGGAAAACGACUUUUAAUUGAAACACUGACAAAAGAACAGCUAAUGGAUUCUAUUAAAACUGUGAUUGACGAUAAAAGUUAUCGUCAAAAUGUUGUUAAGCUACACAGCUUUAUGAAUGAUCAACCGCAAUCAUCGCUGGAGCGCGCGGUGUGGUGGACGGAACACGUGCUUCGGCAUGGUGACUUAGAUUAUCGGCGCACACCUUCUGCGAGCAUACACUGGACUGAGUAUUAUGAAAUAGAAAUUGUAUUGUUUUUAUUAAGUGCUUUCAUGAUACUUUUGUCAGUCACAGUAUUAGCGAUUUAUUUUAUUGUGUCGAAAGUUCACUAUUACAAACGCUUUAAGGUUAAGAAAAAUUAAUUAAUGAUCUUUUUUGUCAUAAAUAUUCUAUUUAUAUUACACUAUGAUUGUCAAUCAUAUUCGUCGUGAUAAAAAUGGAUAUAUGUAUGUAUAUCCACAAUAAGCUCGUGAGUGAAUAUAAUUGAAUGUAUCUUAAAAGUUCAUUUAAGUAAGAUAUUAUAGUUUUUGAUAAAGACAAUAUACGUUAAAUUACGUUGUAUAUAAAGUUUGUAAGUAUGUAAUGUAUUGAUGGUACUAUAAUAUUGUUAUAAUAAUAAUUUAUUGAGAAGAUAUAACUAAAACAACACAAAAUGAUUAUUAAUCCUAAUAAAAUAGUAAAUUUUAAAUAUUGCGAAUAUUGAAUUAUUUUUAUUUUAUUAUUUAUAUAUGCUAUAUGCCAACACGUGUACAAUUUUUAUAUAUAAUGAUAUUAUAUAAAGACAUUUACUAAUACCAUCACAAUUAUAGGCUAACGCAUCAUGCAAUUAUACAAAUAGUUUUGCUCACUCCAAUUUAAUAUUUUUAAAUAAACGUGACAAAAAAUGUGUAUCAAUAGACAUGCAUUAAAGUAAAAUUAUUCUAUAUAUAAUAUAAAAAAGGAUAUUGUAUGGGAAUGCUUGAUAGGUUACAAAAACUAUGACAACUGUGUUUUUGAAAUACAUAAGCCUCUAACACCAAUUCCCAUAUUUUUAUCUAUAAAAUGAUAAACUUAUAUGAAAACAUUUGUCUAUGUUAUGUAGGAAACUCAUAUAUAAAAUGACAUACUUCUAGAUUAAGUUUAAUUAUUAAUAUGUUAUCAUCUAUUACACAAGACAGAAGUGAUAACAUCAUUAUCCAUAAAUUGACCUUACACCUUAUCCAAACCAAUCUUAAAGGGUAUCACUAUGAGGAGAUACAAUAAUAAUGUGACGCACAGACAGACAAAUCGAUCAUGUCGACAAAUACAGUCGACAUUUUUUUAAUCUAUAAGUGAUUGUAACAUUAUUAAGAAUAAAAAAACGAUAUAAUGAAUUCAUCUGUCCUUAUUUAGCAAGCACGUUGAACUUAUAUUAGUCACAUAAUUUUGAUAAACAAACUUUAUAUAUAUAUAUUUUUAUAGAAUAGGAAGGCGGGCAAGCACAUGGGCCACCUGAUGGUAAGUGGUCACCAAACGCCAUUAGACAUUGGCAUUGUAAGAAAUAUCAACCAUCGCUUACAUCACCAAUGCGCCACCAACCUUGGGAACUAAGAUGUUAUAUCCCUUGUGCCUGUAAUUACACUGGCUCACUCACCCUUCAAACCGGAACACAACAAUACCAAGUACUGCUGUUUUGCGGUAGAAUAUCUGAUGAGUGGGUGGUACCUACCCAGACGAGCUUGCACAAAGCUCUACCACCAGUAAACUAAUAUAUACCAAAAGUUUGCGUAAAAUAUUUAGUAAACCGAAAUGAAUUAUACAAAAAUUCUUAGCCUAAUUUUUUAAGCAAACAUGUUCGUUCGGGUUUAGCUAUAAUUGUAAAAGGAACACGAGAAAAAAAUGGAAGUUAUAAAGAGAAACUAGGGACCGGCGAGCGUUGCCAUAACUUAUGUUUGUGUGUGUAUACUCAAAGUGUUAGUAUCGCUUUAACACAUUUUUUCCACUCUGGCGUCUUUUAUGAUUUUCCUUUACGUUUUUUAUACAGCUAAUUCGUCUUUAAAUAUUUUCGGGAGCAUUAUGAUUUGAAAAAACUGUUUAGUAACACCAGUAAAUAUUUUAGAUGAAACUUUUUGAUUGUCAAGAAAAAAAGGUGUGGUUGAUGCCACCACUGUGCAUCUUCGU